UCCAUCGACUGCACUGAAGCAUCCAUUAACGAUGCUGUGAUUGCAACCAAGCUUGACUUCCCCAAGAUAAACACCCAGACUUGUUGAACUAUAUCUUGGCUUCUUGCAACGGUUUGCUUCUAGUUAGCGACGAUGACUACACCAAGUUUUUGUUGAAUCCAUCAACUAGAGAGUCAAAAAAUUACCCAAUUUCCUUUUUGUCGUCGAUUCAUCUCCUAGGUGCUGUAUGUAUGGAUUUGGGUACGAUUCAGCUGCAGAUAAUUACAAGGUUGUAGCAGUUUCCUACUAUGAAAAAAAUUCUGAUUAUGAUUCUGAUGAUGAUGAUGAUGAUGAUAUUGAUGAUUGUGAUGAUGAUUAUGAUUAUGGUGACAAUGAAUCACAUUUGUCUUUCCCCAAAAACGGUAAAGCGUAUUGUUCAGAUACAUUUGUAAGUGUCUAUUCACUCAAAACCAAUUCUUGGAAGAGGAUUCAAGAUUUUCCUUACAAUCAUUCUCCUCUCAUGCCUAACUCAGGCGUUUUUGUGAAUGGGUCUAUACAUUGGCCAACUUUUAAGCGUUCAUUGUGAUUGCUGCUUUUGAUGUAUCAGACGAAAAAUUUCGAGAUAUUUUGGCACCGAGCUCAUUUGAAGAGUGUAAUUUAUCUAGUGCUUUGGGGGUUCUUGGAGGGUGUCUCUGUAAGCUUGUAUGGGAUACUGAUAGACAGGCUGAUCUUUGGGUGAUGAAGGAGUACGGGGUGACCGAGUCUUGGACCAAAUUUACGAAAUUUACAAUCUCUGUACCUACAUACAAUGUGGAACCCUUGUGUUUACCGCCAGAUAGGGAAGUUCUGUUGAAAAUGGAUGGGGACAAAUUAGUUGCAUACAAUGCAAAAGAGAAGAGAUUUAGGUAUAUAAUGGUGCAUGGCAUGCCAACUCCGUUUGAUGAAGUAAUGUCAUAUGUGGAGAGCAUUGUCUCACCCUAUUACCACCGGAUUGAGAGAAAAUAUAAAAAGGGUGAAAACUCAAGAGGGUCAUCAACCAUACAGGAUCUGGUGUCGAAACGGACGAUUGGCAGUGGGCGUGAAGUGGACGGUUUAUACCUGUUGGAUGCUCCUUUGUCACCUCAAGCACAUUCAGCUUCAUUUUCUAAUAUUGUUUCAUCUAAUAAAGCCCAGCUUAUGCGUUGGCACAUGCGUUUAGGACAUUUUUCUUUUGGUUAUUUGAAACAUUUAUUUCCUUCCUUAUUUUGUAACGUGGCAGUGUCAGAUUUAUCCUGCGAAAUAUGUCAUAUGGCUAAACAUGUUUGUUCUAAUUAUCCUGCUAGUAGUAAUAAAUCUGCUUUAACACCUUUUGAUCUUACACAAUAUGGUCGUAUCAUUAAAAAAUUCCGAUCUGACCAGGGUACAGAGUACAUGGGGAGGUACAACGGUUAUGUACAGAAUUUGGGAUUGAGCAUCAGAUGGCUAAUGUUAAAACUCCUCAAUAGAAUGGUCAUUCUGAGAGAAAGAACUUGUGGGGAAGCUCAUCUAUUUAUCCAUGACUCGACCUGA